AUAAAUGGUUGUGUGCUAUAAAUAGUGAUUAUCUGAGUGUACUGUAAAUAGAGUGGAACCUUUUAUUCCAUUAAUCCAUCUAAAUAUGGAAAUAGAGUACCUACUGAAACGCAGCAAGUAGAGCAAAUAGUAGGUAUACUUCAGAUGAAUGUAUUACUUUCAAACUUGUUCAAUAGGUAACCGAUGACAAAAACAAAGUUUGACAUAUUUCAUUUCUAAUUUUUCGGCUUUAACUAUAAACCACUAAAUUUUUGUUAUUAAUUACCAAUUUUUUGUUUACAAUUAUGAAUUAUACAAUGCGAGGAAUUGGCACUACUCUGGGAAAUAUCUUAUUACCGUCAAAUGUUGCUAUCUCCUUAGGUAGUACAAGAUAUGCUAGUAGCUGUUGUAGCAAACUUACAACCAAAGUUCCUUUGAUUGCUGGAAUUGACCCAACAAAGCAGAAACCGCCUUAUUCGUACGACAGAAUAAUUCAUAGCGAAAUUUUGCGUCGGUUGGGACCAAGUCAUAUCGAAGCAUUCAAAGCUUAUAUCAAUACUAUCGUUCUUUUUGGUACUGCUCUAGCAAUAACUCUAAUUUAUUUCACCAACUGGAAGGUCAUUGUAACUCAUAUUCCCUUUUAUGGUAGUCAGUUUAAGACCGAAGAAGAGAACUAGGCAUUGUUUCUAUAAUUUAUGUGAUUGACGAACACCUUUUCUCAUACCAAUGAUUUAAAAACCUUUUCUCAUACGAAUGAUUUAAAAAUAAACUAUUUAUGCGGG